AUGGUGGAUGAUAGCGGCACUCAAUAUCAUGAGCUACAGAAUUUAGAGGAUGGAAGUCCUCGAGCGUCCGCAAAUGAACCAUUUUCAUACAAAGUGGGUCUACAACAUUGGAUACUUCGUUUGAUACAGGGGUUUCAAGGUUUAAAUUUGGGACUUUUGUAUGUCGCUUUAUUCCCAUAUCUCGAACUGUUGGGACUAGACAAGAGGUCAAUUGGGGCACUAAUGAGUAUAUCGUUAUUGGGAAAUGGUUUUCUUCGUUAUUUCCUGCCUCAAUUGCAAAAUAGGUCUACUCAUAAAACUUUAAUAUUGAGUUGUCAUGGACUAGCGGCUCUUUGUGGAGCUAUUUUAUUGACGAUUUCACAUAGGUGGGCUGCUUUGCCUGCAAUAAUAGGGUGCAUGGUGAGUUGGGGGCACGAAUUGGGCUAUUCAAGGGCACUUCAAGGCAGUAUGUUGAUCACAAUUACGAAUGAGAACAAACAGUUCGAAGAGAGAACUUUGUCAUUAAUAUUAGGGACUAGUGGUGUUUUCUUAGGAAUGAUUGCUACGGCGAUAAUGUUGAAUGUUGACGAGCAACUGAAAGAACCCCCACGCUUCGACUAUGCAUUCAAGACAUUUACAGUGUUGGAGCUCGUCAUUCUACUCUUGGUAUGCUUAUUAGACUCCAAAAAGCAUAACGAAAUGGAGAUUUCUACUCAAGAAGAAGAAGAAGAAGACGAUGAGGAAGAAGAAACUACACUGGAGAAUGACCAUUCGAGGGUAAUCUCCUGCCUUAACUGGACAUUCUUCUUACAAGCAAUUGGAGAAGGAAUUGUUCUCAUUCCUUGGAAAGUCGACUAUAUGAGUGUUAUGAACAAGGACCCGUCUCGUGCUCCUUUCGCAGUUGCAAUGCUAUUGAUUGGUGAUCAAUUUUCACCAGUACUUUCAGUGGUCUUAACUUACCUUUUGCAUGGCCCUAUAAAGUCAGUUAUUAUUAUGGAACUCACAACUGCAUUUAUGUAUAUUGGAGUCGGGUCUUCUUCACAACCAGAUACAACCAAGACAAUAACUGGAAUCUCGGUAUGGAUGACUUCGAGACUUUACUAUGUCCAUGGGAUGGUGCUAAGUUUGGUUGCUCCCCAGAAUUCGAGGAAGGAACUUCUGGCUAGAAUAUUUGUUUACAGGGCUUUUGGUCUAUGCAUAGGACCUUUAGUUGCUGGCGCAUUGGCAUAUCAUGACCUUUACGGAUAUUGCUACUAUAUUAGUGCAACUUUGCUUCUUUUAUGCUGUGUGAUAUUGGCAAUUACAUGUCUUCCGCUUGAUGAAAAUUUACGAAGUCCACUAAAGAAGAAUAUAUGA